AGGAAGGCAGCACGCUCGGCGGAUAAGACACAAGCCAAGCAGCCGUCACAAUCACCUUUUGUAGUUUUUAUUCUGUCAUUUCAACAAGAAACCACACGUUCCACUUCGACUUCGCGCCGACCAGCUACAGCCGCCUGACAGGACUACUUGUGCCCGCGAACGAACCACGACCAGCGGCCGGUGUGACGUGAGGAGAGAGGCCGGCCGGUGGCUCCAGGUGGACCCGACAAGUGCAACGGAGAGCCGGCCGUAAUGAGUACCUCCCCCUCGGCGUGCGAGCCACCGAUAUGACAGCCCGCAUCCCAGUGACAUCUACCCGCUGAAGAGACGGCUCCCGCCGGUCCCCACGUACCGGCUCACUGGUCAGCUGGGGUAGAACCGCCAUGCGUUGGCGUCAGUUUGAAAAUGCGAGAAAGCCUCAAGAGUUGUACAAUUAAACAAUACUAACGCUCUGGGGCUCCAACGAGGUGACCAGCAGGGGGCGCCGACAGACAACCACCAAAGAAGACUUGAGACGGAAGUGUACGAAGACCGAGCAGCAGAUUAGCUUGAUUAGCCUGAAGGCUAAUUCCUGAUAUGACGCGUACAAGCUGAAGAGUGCCUGAGCCGUGUUUGCCUGACCAGGCGUGGACAAUGGCGUUGAUCGAGGGCGUGGGGGACGAAGUGACGCUGUUAUUUGGGGUGCUGAUCUUCUUACUGGUGCUGCUGCUGGCCUGGAUCUCCACCCGCACCUCAGAACCACUGGACCACACUUUGGAUUCCUCCACCAGGUCCACUCUUUCUCAGAGGACCCCUCACCACGACACGCCCUCUACCUCUGCUAGUGAGAGCCAUGUGACCGAGACUCAGCCCGUCACUGUUUCUCCAAACGAAGAUAAAGAGGACAGAGGUAGACAGGGGGCGGCGGCAGCAGAUGGAGAUCUUGGGGGGAGCGAUGGUGGCGGAGUCUCUCAGAGAAACAUGGUGGUAAGACUGAAGUUCCUGAACGACACAGAGAGAACGGCGCUGGUCAAACCUCAGGAUACCAUCGGCUAUAUCAAGCGGACCUACUUUUCGGGUCAGGAGCAACGGGUGCGGCUCAUUUAUCAGGGGCAGCUGCUGCAGGACGACGCCAUCACGCUGGAGUCGCUCAACUUGACUCACAACUGCGUGCUGCACUGUCACAUCUCCCAGCACGCCCCGCGCGCCACAGCGGGAGCAGGGCCUGCAGACCAGGUGCAGGUGGCUCUCAAUGUGGGCAGCCUGAUGGUCCCGCUGCUCGUCCUCAUGCUGUCAGUGCUUUGGUACUGUCAGAUCCAGUACCGUCAGUUCUUCACAGCGCCUGCCACUGCCUCGCUGGUGGGAAUCACCAUCUUUCUUAGCCUGGUGGCCUUUGGCGUUUAUCGCCGGUAGAUGCUCCCUGAUUGGUCCGCCUCUGUGUCCCGACUGGAUUCUACGUACUUUCUGUUCCAGUGGAAAGUCGGCGUGGCGCCAAAGACCAGAUCAACAUUUUGGUCAUUGUGCCUCCUGAACUGACUUAAGAGUGGCUGACGGAUGCAUGGAUGUGUAUGUCCACUUUUGAUGAUAUUAAAGCAUUUAUUUAUCUUCA